AAAGGCGGCGAGGGGCGGGGGCGUCCGCACAGGGCGCGGCGGCGACCCCCGAGGCCUCGUGGUGGCGGCGGGCCGGGCCCUCGGAGGCCGAGGCGGCUGGGGACCGGCGGCGGCGGCCGGCCGGACGGACUGACGGGGCCGGGCGGCGGCGGGAGCCGCGGGAGCAGCCGGGACGAUGCCGGCCGUGAGCCUCCCGCCCAAGGAGAACGCGCUCUUCAAGCGGAUCUUGAGAUGUUAUGAACAUAAACAAUACAGAAAUGGAUUGAAGUUCUGUAAACAAAUCCUCUCUAAUCCCAAAUUUGCAGAGCAUGGCGAAACUCUGGCUAUGAAAGGAUUAACAUUGAACUGUUUGGGGAAAAAGGAAGAAGCUUAUGAACUGGUUCGUAGAGGCUUGAGAAAUGACUUGAAGAGUCAUGUGUGUUGGCAUGUUUAUGGCCUUCUUCAGAGGUCAGACAAGAAGUAUGACGAAGCCAUUAAGUGUUACAGAAAUGCACUAAAGUGGGAUAAAGACAAUCUUCAAAUCUUAAGGGACCUUUCCCUACUACAGAUUCAAAUGAGAGAUCUUGAGGGUUACAGGGAAACGAGGUAUCAGUUACUACAGCUUCGACCUGCACAGAGAGCAUCAUGGAUUGGUUAUGCUAUUGCUUACCAUUUAUUAGAAGAUUAUGAAAUGGCAGCAAAGAUUUUAGAAGAAUUUAGGAAAACACAACAGACAUCCCCUGAUAAAGUGGAUUAUGAAUAUAGUGAACUUCUUUUAUAUCAGAAUCAAGUUCUUCGGGAAGCAGGUCUCUAUAGAGAAGCCUUGGAACAUCUUUGUACCUAUGAAAAACAGAUUUGUGAUAAACUUGCUGUAGAAGAAACCAAAGGGGAGCUUCUCUUGCAAUUAUGUCGUUUGGAAGAUGCUGCUGAUGUUUAUAGAGGAUUGCAAGAGAGAAAUCCUGAAAACUGGGCCUAUUACAAAGGCUUAGAAAAAGCACUCAAGCCAGCUAAUAUGUUAGAACGGCUAAAAAUAUAUGAGGAGGCCUGGACUAAAUACCCUAGGGGAUUGGUGCCACGAAGGUUGCCAUUAAACUUUUUAUCUGGUGAGAAGUUUAAAGAAUGUUUGGAUAAGUUUCUGAGGAUGAAUUUUAGCAAAGGUUGUCCACCAGUCUUCAAUACCUUGAGGUCACUGUACAAAGACAAAGAAAAGGUGGCAAUCAUAGAAGAAUUAGUUGUAGGUUAUGAAACCUCUCUGAAAAGCUGUCGUUUAUUUAACCCUAACGAUGAUGGAAAAGAAGAACCACCAACUACAUUACUUUGGGUCCAGUACUACUUGGCACAACAUUAUGACAAAAUUGGUCAGCCAUCUAUUGCCCUGGAAUACAUAAAUACUGCUAUUGAAAGUACACCUACAUUGAUAGAACUCUUUCUUGUUAAAGCUAAAAUCUACAAGCAUGCUGGGAAUAUUAAGGAAGCUGCAAGAUGGAUGGAUGAAGCCCAGGCCCUAGAUACAGCAGACCGAUUUAUUAACUCCAAGUGUGCAAAAUAUAUGCUAAAAGCCAAUCUGAUUAAAGAAGCUGAAGAAAUGUGCUCAAAGUUUACAAGGGAAGGAGCAUCGGCGGUUGAGAAUUUGAAUGAGAUGCAGUGCAUGUGGUUCCAGACAGAAUGUGCCCAGGCAUAUAAAGCAAUGAAUAAAUUUGGUGAAGCACUUAAGAAAUGUCAUGAAAUUGAGAGACAUUUUAUAGAAAUCACUGAUGACCAGUUUGACUUUCAUACAUACUGUAUGAGGAAGAUUACCCUUAGAUCAUAUGUGGACUUACUAAAACUAGAAGAUGUACUUCGACAGCAUCCAUUUUACUUCAAGGCAGCAAGAAUUGCUAUAGAGAUCUAUUUGAAGCUUCACGACAACCCUCUUACUGAUGAGAAUAAAGAGCAUGAGGCUGAUACAGCAAAUAUGUCUGACAAGGAGCUAAAGAAACUACGUAAUAAACAAAGACGAGCUCAAAAGAAAGCCCAGAUAGAAGAAGAGAAAAAAAAUGCAGAAAAAGAAAAGCAGCAGAGAAAUCAGAAAAAGAAGAAAGAUGAUGAUGAUGAGGAAAUUGGAGGUCCAAAAGAAGAACUUAUUCCAGAGAAACUGGCCAAGGUUGAAACUCCAUUAGAAGAAGCUAUUAAGUUUUUAACACCUUUGAAGAACUUGGUGAAGAACAAGAUAGAAACUCAUCUUUUUGCCUUUGAGAUUUAUUUUAGGAAAGAAAAGUUUCUUUUGAUGCUGCAGUCAGUGAAGAGGGCAUUUGCUAUUGAUUCUAGUCAUCCUUGGCUUCAUGAGUGCAUGAUUCGACUCUUCAAUACUGUGUGUGAAAGUAAAGAUUUACCUGAAACGGUUAGAACAGUAUUAAAACAAGAAAUGAAUCGUCUUUUUGGAGCAACAAAUCCAAAGAAUUUUAAUGAAACUUUUCUGAAAAGGAAUUCUGACUCAUUGCCACACAGAUUAUCAGCUGCCAAAAUGGUAUAUUAUUUAGAGUCUUCUAGUCAGAAACGAGCUAUAGAAUUGGUAACAACACUCGAUGAGUCACUGACUAACAGAAACCUCCAGACUUGUAUGGAGGUAUUAGCAGCCUUGCGUGAUGGUAGUCUUGGAGACUGUAAAGAAGCUGCUGAAGCUUAUAGAGCAAAUUGUCAUAAGCUUUUCCCUUACGCUUUGGCUUUCAUGCCUCCUGGAUAUGAAGAAGAUAUGAAGAUCACAGUUAAUGGAGAUAGUUCUGCAGAAGCUGAAGAACUGGCCAAUGAAAUUUGAACAUCAUUAAACAAGCAAAUGGGAUGACUUUGGACCAUAUCUAGUGUAUAAUAUUUUUGUCACGCACCUGCUGCAUUGCUCUAACUUUCACAGAAUGAGAGGAGUAAAUGUUCUUGCCUUCAAAUAGUGUUUUACGUUUUUUAUCCUGCUGAAAAAUAUAUAUAAAAUAUCUAACAUUACAGGAUAUAGAUUCAGUUUCUUAAAAAAAUUAAAAGCUGCUAAAAUUGAAGGGUUAAAAAAAAAGAAGAUACCUAUCCUAUUCCUACCUACCCACCCAUGUUUUUAAACUAAUUUAUAUACAAUUUGGAGGCUGUUACAGCUAACAAAGCAGGUGUGUGGCAGAAAUAUUACUUUAAGUUUGUCUUGUGAGAUUUUACUAUAUCUCAGACAGCAUAAAUGCUGUUUUAGCACUGGAUUCUUUCACUGAGCACAAAGAGUUGUUGGGGCUUUAGCAUCUGACUGAUUUUGUUACGGGGUUGGUUCUGACCGUAGGAAGUAAGCAAUGUGAAUCACUAUUGACAGAAUCUACAGCAGUGCUUGAUGUUGUAGAAACGGGGACAUAUAGAUACCAAGCAGGAUUAAAAGAAACCUAGAAGGUGUUGAAUAUGCUUGUUGUGUUUCCAAAAUUCACUGUACAUGAUCAGUUUGGUGUUCUUGUACCACAGUUUUUAACUGAAGGAACCAGUUGGAACAAUCUCAAUUUUAACUAAACUUGAAGAACUAAAAUAACAAUGCAACAAUGCAACCCUUUCAGCAUUGUUUUGGCCAAACUUGUUAAAACUGUAAUGCAAGAACCAAAUGCACUGUGAUGUGGCACCAACUAAUAGUAAGCAGGAACUUUCACCCAAGAGUGAAAAAAGAAACUCUACCAUGGCUUGAAGUUACAGAGCAGAACUCCUGACUACCAUUCUAUGACUGAUCAAGAGACUAAUAGUUAAAAACCUCAGCAGGCCUUGUUCACGAUAUGCAGAAAAAGUGCUGCAGUUUAGAUACCUCUGGAAUUUUUCCACAGUGUCACAGGUUUGUAAUACUUGAAGCCCUACAUUUCUAAGAAUAUAUUUCUCGCUCAGUUGUUUCAGGCAAGCCCGAGACUUUGUAAUUUUUAAAGGGCCCAAGAUUUUUUUUCCAGUAACAGACCAGCUUCUUUUUCCUGCAGUUACAGAUGUAAUUUCUUUUUUGUUGUCAAACAUAAGGUACCAAAUAUGAUGCAAUAAAUUGUUUUGAAAAGCAGUUGUGUGAAUAUUUCCACGAAUCCGUGUUGGGCUUCUCUGAGAACACACAGGUGGAAACAGAGGUUGAGUGUGAGGCACGCCUCGGCCGUCCUGGCCGGGAGCUUUUCCAGCAGGCUGAGCGCUGGCGUCAGGGGAGUUGCAGUGAGGCGGAAGGCUUCUCCUGCGGGAAUACUGGAUGAGGCUAGGACCGUGGCAGGUGCUGUGAUUGGAAUGCCGAAUCUGAAAGGCAAGCGAAAACUGCUCUUGUGAUUAAGAAAAUGAGCCUUAACCACCUCACACCUGUACACACAGAACUAGCCUCGGGCUUCAUAAUCAUUGCAUUUGCAAGGUCUGAGCAAGGAAGAUUAAAUAAAAUGAAGUGUAUAUAUUAUCGAACUUUUUGUAGUGCUUUUAGUUUAUCGAGUAUAGACUCUAAAGGGAAUUUUCAGAAGACCCAAUUCUUUUUCAUAGUCCAUGACCUGCAUUCCACAUCCCAGUCUGACAGUUUAGUGAUAGGAAGAGAGGUACAGACUGAAUUCCAGUGCUUGCUUUUGUUUUAAUUGACCCUGUCUCAGGAACAUCUUAACCAAUGGCAAAAAAACAAACACUUUUUCCCCCUGUGAGUGGCAACUGAACUUCCUUACCGUUGGGAAAGAGCACGUGCUACCUCUGCCACUGAGGAGGUGUUCAGAGGAGGCACCAGCCAUAUAGGAGGUGUAUGUGAAUUUUGUUUAAACUCUACUGUGUAUUAAAAUGAAGUUCAUCUAUUUGUCUUGGCAAUGUUCAAAUGAUGUAGAUUGUCUCUGAAUGACUAUUCAGAAGUCCGGUGCAGGUGCCACCCAUAAGGAGCUAAAUUCCUAACAUGUAUAUUGUAUUACAACCCAAUUUUACUGGAACUAUUGAAUAAAUCUUAUAUUUUCUUUCAGGUUUACUUGCUAGUGGCUACAUUGUCGGUGUCAGAGGACCUUGAUUGGGUUCAUUUUGUGUCCAGAGAUCACCCCUGAAACAUUGUACUGUAUACCUUCUUGCUUUGAGCAGCGUCACCUGGGUCUGCUCACAUUUUCCUCAGUCAUCCUUUUAUUUCGUGUGGUGGGCGUGGGGGACAGGAUUAGAAACAAGUGGAAAAAAUGCAGUGAUAUUGUAAUCCAAACCAAGUGCCUUAUGUUUAUUGCUAAGAACUGGUGUUAUCAACCCUUUUGAUAAGAAAGGGUCCCUUGACCUGUAUUAACAUAGGAAAGUAAAGUUCUUUUUGUUUUCUUUAUAUUCAGUUA